AUGCGCCUCUUCCGCGGGCCGAAGCGCAGGGAAGUGACCGGGCCGCAGGCCACUGCGACGCCGUCUCCGCGCCGAGACGCCACCGUCGAGCCGCAAGACCCACGCGACUACACGCUUGUCACCGCACUCCCAGCCAUGGUUAUGGAGGACGAUGUCAAAGAAAUGAAGAAAGUGUUCUCAACAUGGGGUCGCCGAAUGGGGAAAAAACUAGACAUGUUGAAAAAGUCCGAUAUAAAAGAAGCACCCAAAGGAACACUUUCUCCCGAAAGCGUCAACGAUGAAUCUUCGUCUAGCAUAUCAGGCCAGUACAAGAAAAAACAAACUUGGAAAAUGGGGCGCAGUAGCUCCGACUCUACCACUCUACAAAAAGAUAACGACACAGAUUCUAUUCGCAGCGGUUCAAGAGAUCGAUCUCCGAGCCCUUUUAAAUCAUUUUUUUACAGAAUGGGUUCAACAGGAAUGUUAAAUACAUCAAAAUCGCAUUCUCUUAACUCACAGAAAGUAUCAGAGAACUAUUCAAGCCAACCAAACACUCCUUCGCUCUACCGUAGUUGUUCUACGUCACAUUUAUCUACCUAUGUCAAAGCAGAUGAUCCAUCCGAGGGAAUAGAUCUACAAAACAGCGGCAACGCGAGCAAUAAGCAGUCCCCUACAAAACAAAAUCAUAAUAACUUAAUACCUGAAGAAAAUUUAGUGACAUCUUCAACAAAAGCCGUUAGUUGUGACAAUAUUCCUAAAUUGGAAAGUCAACCAAAUAGUGGUUUGUGUAAGAAACCUAAUUUUCCAUAUGCUUUUUUGCGGUCAAAAUUAUCAGUUUUACCCGAAGAAAAUAAUGGUAAUGUGUAUUCAUAUCGAAGGAACGAUGAUGUUCCUCGUAGGUCAUCUAUGAUUUCGCAAAGACCACCCCUAGACUAUGACCCAAUGCUUGUUCCAAGAAACAGAAACAGCUUACCGGUCUACGACUAUAGUGGAGCACUUGGAUCUUCACAAGACCUUAAAACGGAUCUUGCUUCUUCUAAUCAAAGCAUACACCAAGAGGUUCUUCAAGCACACCGUUUAAGUAAUUACGUAAGUUCAAACGAGUCAGGAUACGACAGCGAUAGUCGGCCAACAGAUGAACACAGCAAUCAUUCCCCGCCAGUAUAUUCAUAUAACUUAUCUAGUGGAUCAGCGAGAGCUGAUACAAAUAUCGGUAGUAGUGACGGAUAUUCUGGGACUUUUUCAAGACAAUUAAGUUUUAAUCAGAAAAUAAACGUAAGCAGAGUUCAACUUCCUGCAAGAAGAAGUUCUACGCCAUGCGCUUUAUUUCCGCUAGAUAAAGAUGUUUCCCACGAAUAUGAAAACAAAAGUUCUGAAAAUAAACUAUAUAUUAACAAAUCUGCAAAUCAACAAAUGCCACUAGACUACAACGACGCUAAGCCGCCACCCUUACCAAAGAAGUCAAUAAAUAAGAAACCACCAUACAUUUACAAAACCAUAACUUUAGAUGAACGUGUGCAAACUAGAAAGGUCAAACUUUUACAUACACAAAUAAUGCCGAUACAGCACUUGUCUACACCAAAUUUAAAUGAAAAUAAUUUAACGGCAGAAACACAAACACAACACCAAAUUCCUGGAAGAGAUAUUUUAGGUAGAGGACCUUGUACCAAAAGAUUUCGAAAAAUUAGAUUACUUAAAUCUCGUCUAGACGAAAGUCUUGGUGUUUACCUGGCACAACACAGAUUUGAUUUCGAUAACACUGGAUCUAAUUACGAAAUUCGUUAUAUCGUAGUAAAACUGGAUUUUGAUGGAAUUGCACACCGAGAUGGAAGACUUCGAAUAGGAGAUGAAAUUGUAAAUGUUAAUGGGAGGGUUUUAAGAGGCUUAUCAUCCUUGAAAGAUGUUCAACACAUCGUUAAUUCGUGUUCUAUUGAAGCAAAUAUGGAAGAAAAAACCCUGUUUCAACGGUAUCAAGUUGAUCUUGUCAUGGCCCACGAUGAAAUAACUCCUAUUAGUUUAAGCAGAAUAAUAAGUAGUCAACACUGUGAACAAGCCUCCACCCCUAAUAUUUCAAAUAUAACUCCUGACCUUAUAUCACAAACUGUUCACAAACCUUCACUAUCUAAUCAAAUUACAAUCGAAACUCACUUUCCUGCUGAAGGACAAUAUAACAUACAUACCUCAAAUGAUACGAAUUUACAUAAUAACCAAUUUGACAUUAAUCAGAAAUGUGAAGUUGGAAUUCAAGUUAACCACGGUCAUGUUCUAUCAAAUCAAAAAAGUGAUGAUGAAAAACUUUUAGAGAGACAUUACAUACAGCCCGGUUCAUUACAAAAUAUUACUAACAUUGAGAUUUCAAUGAGAUCUUCGCCAACACUACGAAAUAAAAGCACAAAUAGUUACAGACCAAUAUCUCUUCAUAAUUCAAGACCGCAAUCAGUAAAAGGGAAUUAUUCAGCGAGCAAUGAUGAUACAUCUAACGAAAUAAAAGAAAACUCAUCACAUUACAUCAAAAAUGUUCCAAGAUUAUAUCAAAAUAGAUCAUUUGAGAGUAUACCAGAGCAAUUACGCAGUAGUAGUCGAAGUAGGUUUUUCAAUAGAGUUGGAUCACAACGAUGUUCACAAAAUACAAGUGUACACGCUUCACGUCACCAAGAAUAUAACGCUGCUAUCAAUCAUGAACAACAACAGUUUUCUCAUAGCUCGCUACACAAAGCUGAAUUUUGGAAAGGACCGGGCCAAAAAAGUUUAGGUUUUAGUAUUGUUGGCGGCACUGAUUCUCCAAAAGGACAAAUGGGAAUAUUCGUUAAGACGGUGUUUCCGAAUGGACAAGCUGCUGAUAAGGGAACUAUCUUCGAAGGUGAUGAGAUCCUAUCUGUCAAUAAUGUGCCGACACGUGGGUUGAGCCAUGCGGGAGCUAUAUCGCUUUUCAAACAAGUUAAAGAAGGAAAAAUAGAAUUGACGCUUUCAAGACGAAGAGCACCAAGGUCAAGAUCUGUGGAACCCCUGGGUAAUUUUCGUUGUGACAGUAAAUGA